GCAGGCUUACUCUCGAGUUUAAUUCCAAUGUCGAUACAUCGGAAUUUUAACAUUUCGUACUCUUGAAAUCGACGCUAGCGCCACAUUGGUUUCAAAUUGCGUAUUUCUUAUGAGAACUAAGUGGGAUUGGGAUCGGGCUAUGCCGUGCGCUAAAUGCUACUCUUGAGUUUAUUUGACAGCGGUCUAUUGAGUUGAUAUUGCGUUCGGAUUGCUUGUCAAUUGUGAUUUUUCCAAUAACAAAAGUGUAACUUUUUAGGAAUUGUUUUACUAUUUUAAUUGAUUUUAAUAAGAUAUUGGUGUAUAAUAUGGCACGGUUAGCAGUUAUUUAUAGUAUUUUGAGUAAUUCCCAUAAAAAACAAUUAAAACAACGACGAGAUGAGCGUCGUAUGAUGCGAUAUACGGAUAAAGCGUUUACCAUGAAUGAUGAAGAAUUUAGAGCGAAUUAUAGAGUAAGUAAGGUUUUAUUUGGGGAAAUUUAUGAAGAAAUUAAACCUUUUAUGCCAACUGAUAAAAGAAGAAGUGAUAUAGCACCAAAAUAUAAGGUUUUAGUAGCAUUGUCUUUUUAUGCGACUGGGAGUUACCAAAAAUUAGUUGGAGGCACGUAUGGUACUCUCAUGUCACAACAAUCUGUUAGUCGCAGUAUAAGGGAUGUGACGGCAGCUCUUAACAAUGCAGUUAUUCAAAAAAAAUGGAUUAAGUUUCCUCAAAAUCGUCCGGAAAGAGAUGCUAUAAAACGAAGAUUUUAUGAAAAAUUUAACAUUCCCUGUAUUAUUGGAUGUAUUGAUGGCACUCAUGUAGCCAUGAUAAGACCUAAAGAUAAUGAAGAAAGGUUUUUUAAUCGCAAACAUUUUCAUUCAAGAAAUGUUAUGAUUAUUUGUGAUGCAGAUUUAAGAAUCUUGUCAGUAGAUGCUUCAUUUGGAGGAGCAUCGCAUGAUAGUUUCGUGUGGAAUCAGCACCCCGUUAAACAACAUUUAAUUACUUUAAAUAAUAAUGGAGAAAAUGUGUAUUUACUAGGUGAUUCUGGAUAUGCACAGAGGGAGUACAUGAUGACACCUAUAUUAGAUGCUCCUGAUGGCUCCCCAGAACAUCACUACACUAAGUUGCACUGCUCUGCAAGGAAUACCGUGGAACGUACCAUUGGUAUAUUAAAAAAUAGGUGGCGUUGCUUACACAAACAUAGAGUGCUGCAUUACCAUCCAGAUACAGUAGCUAAAAUUAUCAACGCAUGUUGUGUGUUACAUAACAUAUGUAUUAAUAGAGUAGGUGUUGAUCUUGUAGAGAAUACAGCAGAGUGUGGUAAUGAAUGCCCUGAUGUCUCUUCUCAAGAAUCAACUAGCAGUACGGCUGCAGCUGCUGAACUAAGACGAGGAAUCGAAAAACGAAAUAUUUUAGUUCAGCAGUUGUGGGCAAGUAGGAGGUAGGUUAAAAGCAAGGGAAGUUUUAUAUUAUUUGUUAUAGAUUUUUUAGUUAUGUUUAGUUAUUUGGUAUAAAAAUUGUAUAUUUUUCAGCUUUGGUAGUUAUAAGUUACCUACUCAACUUAUUUUUAAAUGAUUAAUCUAUUAAGUUGUUAAUCUAAGUUUUUACAUGUGAUGAUGAAUGAAAUGAAUAAACUUUUUUUAUUUAA